UGUACUUUGAACAGGUCCGUGUUUGGUUGAAACCAACCAUGCGCAGGAUGGGUGGGGUUUAGAGGUGUGUGUUUGAGCAGAAAAAAGAGAAUUCGCCAUUUGGGAAACAUGCUCAGGCAAAGGAUCGGAUCGAAUGGAAUCCUUCGCUUGCAAAGUGUUCGUGACCUGUCAUAUGAGGAAUAAGCUGCUUUGAGGGAAGAGCCUUACCACUAUGGAAACACCUAGUGAUACCUCAAAAAUCCUGGAGAAGGGUCCGGAGUACCUUCGAAAGCAAAUGGAAUUGGAGAGUGAGGUGAAAGGACCCAUGAGUGCUGUGGAAAGACUUGCUGCCAGCAAACCCAAAUAUGUGAAGAGCCAACAGGUGGUCAACUCGACUCAAGAAUCGGUCAUCAGCCUCGGAUCUGCAUCCAUCAGCAGCACGGGGUCCUCUGAUCGGACAUCCAACCGUUACCACGAGUCUCCAGAACAUAGCUCUUUGGCCGGAAAUGUACGUCGCUCCAGCUCCAAAAAGCGACCCGACUCCCUUUUACUUUACAGACAGAAAUGUGAACUAUUGAGAAGUGUUGGACAUGACCGCAAACAUCACAUAACGCGUAAGCUUCUUCUUAACACUGCAAAUAAAAGCAUUCCCUUACCUGAAACAGCCGAAAAGGAAUGCGAGAGUGAAGACGGUGUGGAAAAAGUCAACCCACAAGAGGAAUAUGGCUCAACUGCAACCACCCAAACCUUUGAGAGGAGGAAUAAUGUAGUACAAAGCGCUACCAAAGGCAUGGAUCGGGGGCAAAAGGGAACUUUGGGUGGUCUGAGCACAUCUGCGAACCUCCUGAAGGUUCAGAUCAGGAGGAACAAAGGAGUCGGUCGAUCUCGCUCGGACAUCAGCUCCAGGUAUUCCAAGAAUUUUGCAGACUUUGAUGCCUUUUUCAAGUACUGCGGCCUGGACGGGGAGGUCAUCGAAUCUCUGGGCAAGGAGAACUUUUCGGCACGCUCGGACGAAAUCGCGACAAAGCUACGAAGCGUCAGCAUCUCCGCUUCGGACGACGGUUUCUCCAGGAAUAGCGACGACAGCGACGGGCUGCAGGAGGACGUCUUACACAAAAAGAUACGGCAGGGGACGUCGGUGGUCGAGCGGAAUGCACGGAUUAUCAAAUGGCUGUACAGCUGCAAAAAUGCUAAAGAAAGCGGGAAAAAGUUAAGAGACCUUGACUAAAACCUAUAUGUGAGGUGGUCGACCCUUGGGAGGGAACAAAAAAUUUAUUUUUCAAAGAGUUAAGUUUAAAGGCAAAAUAAACAACAGUAAGAGAGCAAACUAAAUUUGGGGAGUGGUAGAGGCCCACAACCUUAAACUCUCUGAAAACCCUCUGUCCAAGAAAAUACAGAUUGUUGACCUCACUUUGCAUUUGUCAUUGCCUCUGCUGCGCACACGUGUGCAAACAAUGUGAUUGGGGGUUGUUUUGUUUAUGCGGUAACUACAAAACCAAUUUCUGUGAAGUGUUACGUAAUGGUGGUACAUGUCAACAUUUCAGCUUGACUUAAACAAAGACAAAAUUUCUGUCAAACUGCUAAGCUAACGCCAGAUAUGUUUAAAGGCUAAAUCGGUUUUUAGUUCCAACAUUGAGAGAGUAAACACUCCGUGGUGAGCAGAAAACUCCAUAAAAUAUGCUCAAGAAAUUCAGAUUUCGGGCAGUCAGAGUCAGGGAGUGUCCCAACCAUAUACUCCCCUUCCUUGAAACUGUGUGGGCGGGUGGAACAAGUGGAAGGAAGGAAUCAUACAAUUUUGGUGCAACUCUAAGAAAAAGACCAGUGUUUGACCAUGGACCACUCCUGAAUCAAUAAUGGUGCAGUCAAGUCAUCUUACGUCAUUUUCUAAGAAGCAGGAAAAAAUGUUUUUGCAAAGUGCUGUAUGUGUUCGUACAUGUGUGCGUCCCUGUGCAAUGUGUGUACUAAUGUCCCCUUCCGCCUUCAAUGAAGAAUCCAAAAUUUCAUCAGACUCUGCAGCAAUGACUGAGUAUUUGUCUCAUAUGGGACUGGCAGUAGACAGUAAACACAUAUUAACAAGAUGCUGUUGUUCGCUACACAAAGAAGCUAUACUUUGUACCUUUACAUUUACAGUACAUCCAAGGUAACUUAAUCACACUUCCUCGUCAGUCUGUCUGAAUUGUCUCAUUGUCAUUUUUUUUUUUUUUUUGCAGCGGUGAAAGGUUGUAACCGCCGAGGUGAAACUGGUCUCUCCUACACGCAUGCUUGCUAAUAACAAUUAUACUGUAUAUGUAUGUAUACUGUAGACGCUCCUUUUAGAAUUCUGACUGACAUCCAGACAAGUCAUGUCUUGCUCUAGCGUGAGCACAAAUUUUCCACCCCCAAAGUAUUUCUACCGUUGACUCCUUGCUCUGUCAAAGUUCAUUUAUUUUGCAUAAAAUCCAUUAUAUUUCAGCAAGAACAAGUCUGAAAAAGCAUUCACUGUUCAAAUAGAUUUAUAAGUUGGUGAGUUUUGUCAUGUUUGGGUGUAAAUAAUGUCUGAAAUGAAAAAUGCAAAGUGGAAAAAAGAUGACACAAA